AUGGGAGCGGGAACAACAUAUAUCUUUAGCAAAGGUGGUGGACAAAUCACUUACACGUGGCCUCCUAAUGAUCGGCCAAGCACUCGUGCGGACAGACUGGCAAUAGGGUUUAGUACUGUUCAAAAAGAAGCUGUGUUGGUACGAGUGGACAGUUCUACUGGGCUCGGAGAUUAUCUAGAGCUGCAUAUCCACCAGGGAAAAAUUGGAGUUAAAUUUAAUGUUGGAACUGACGACAUCUCUAUUGAAGAGAUCAACGCAAUCAUUAAUGAUGGAAAAUACCAUGUAGUACGUUUCACAAGAAGUGGUGGCAAUGCCACGUUACAGGUGGACAACUGGCCAGUUAUCGAACGUUACCCAGCAGGAAACAAUGAUAACGAGCGCCUGGCGAUUGCUAGACAGCGAAUUCCAUAUCGACUUGGUCGAGUAGUUGAUGAAUGGCUACUCGACAAAGGGCGUCAGCUCACAAUCUUCAAUAGCCAAGCAACCAUAAAAAUUGGAGGCAAGGAACGUGGCCAUCCUUUCCAAGGCCAGCUCUCUGGUCUUUACUACAAUGGCUUGAAAGUUCUGAAUAUGGCAGCAGAAAAUGAUGCCAACAUCGUGAUAGAAGGAAAUGUGAGACUUGUUGGUGAAGUGCCUUCCUCUAUGACAACUGAGUCCACAGCCACAGCGAUGCAGUCUGAGAUGUCCACGUCAGUCAUGGAAACAACCACCACUUUGGCCACAAGCACCGCUAGAAGAGGAAAGACCCCGACAAAAGAACCUAUUGGUCAGACUGUGGUGCCUGAAAUAAGCUGUGGCCCUUACCGACUUUAUCAGAGCAUCUACACAAUUUAUUUAGAUCGCCUCGCUGCCACUGGAGCAGUGACCUCAACGCAACCAUCCCUCGUCUCCUCCUGGCUGGGCUGGCUACACCGCAAUGCUGUCAGCACCUGCUCCUUGAUGUCCCACAGUCACGAGCCUCAGGCAGGCUCCGGGAGCAUCCAGAGGUGCACAGCAUCUCGCCAAAGCACGUUCUGGAGGUUUAGAUCAACCUCUUUCACCUAUUAG